CCGCCGCCGCCCGCGCUGCCCGUUCGCCGCCGCAGUUUCCAGGCUCAGCGGGCGGGAAAAGCGCCGGGUGGCCGCGGCCUCUGUGCGUCCCCUCUCGGGGCGGUGCCGAGGGCGGCCACUGGCCCGGUCCGCUCCGUUGCCUCGGGUCCGCCCGAGGCUUGUGCUUUCGGCGGCGGCGAAUCUGCCGGGCCGGUCCCGCCGCUAGCGCGGUUUGGGCGGUUGUCAGGGAGAAGCAAGAUGGCGGCCGCGGCGACGGAGGAGGACACGGAGCUGCGGGACCUGCUGGUGCAGACGCUGGAGAGCAGUGGCGUGCUCAAUAAGAUUAAGGCAGAGUUACGAGCAGCUGUGUUUUUGGCAUUAGAAGAACAAGAGAAAGUAGAGAACAAAGCACCUCUGGUAAAUGAAAGCUUGAAAAGUUUUUUAGGUACAAAGGAUGGUCGCUUGGUAGCAGGUCUUGUUGCAGAAUUUCUACGUUUUUUCAAUCUUGAUUUUACUUUAGCUGUUUUUCAGCCUGAAUCAAGCACACUAAAUGGCCUUGAUGGUCGAGAAAACUUAGCUCGCGAUUUGGGAAUUAUGGAAGCAGAGGGUACUGUGGGUGGCCCCCUGUUGUUGGAGGUUGUUAGGAAGUGUCAGCAGAAAAAGACUUCAGGUGGUGGAGAAGUGGCUCCAGUUCUAAGUGACAGCCAGUGCCCCACAUCAAAAUCAUCUGAUGGACAGUCAAGUGCACACUCUAUACCAAAUAAGGCUGCUGAAAACACCCAGAGUGAUAUAAGUGUCUCAUCAGGGGAAGCAAGCAAAAGAAGUAUUCAUUUUCUGCCUAAUGAAACAAAACUAGAUCCUCAACUAGAAAACAAAGACUUGAAUACCAAAGAAAAAAGUGAUCCAGUUGUGGAUGAAGAUGAUAUAGAGGGAGAUUCUUUCUUUGAUGACCCUGUACCCAAACCAGAAAGAACUUACAGCUGGCCCCUAGACAUAAAUAGUGAUGCUGACAAAGGUGCUCUGUCUGUGGGAGAAGACAGGCGGAAGUCUUUGCAUGGGAAAACUGAAGCUAAUAAAGCAGGAGGUCUAGCAUCCCUUUCUGAUGCACCGGCUCUAAAAAGUGGGUUAAGCUCCCUGACUGGUGCACCUUUGCUUAAGGAGUCUGAUAAUUUGGAUAGAAACUCUGUUUUAAAAGACCUGCGGUUGGUGAAUGCAAAGCUGGGAUCACUAGAAUUGGGAAGUGGAGAUGAUGAUGAAUAUGCUGAUGACUUCAACAGUACGAGUCAUCGCUCAGAAAAAAGUGACAUCAGUAUUGGUGAAGAAAUAGAUGAAAUUUCUGUGGGAACAGAAGAGUCAAAUGCCAGUGAUAAACUCGAAAGCAUCACACAAGACCUUACCAUUUCUCAGUUAAGCGACGUUGCAGAUUAUCUAGAAGACGUGGCAUAGAAUUGGACAGCAAAAAUCUUUCAUUGUGCUGGACUAGAAGACUGCUGUGGACUAUUAAUUUCAGACAAUCACCUUUUGCUGGAAUGUCCACUCCCUAUUUGUGCCUUGUGUUUCAAAAAUACUGUAGGUGAAGAAGGUUUUUAAAUAUUCUGAACAAGAACUGAAUGAAGUAGUGUAUUCCCAUUUGAGUCUGAUAUCAGAAUUACUUUCUUCAUUUGAUUCAGCCAAACCUUUCACAGAAGGAGGUGGAUUUUCCAAGCAGAAUGUCCAUUGCUGGCAGUGGACAUAAUAAAAACCAAUUGGUAAGAGAACAUCAAGAAAGAGGCAUGAGGCUUUAUAGUGAACUUGCACUGUUAUUUUAACAGUCAGAUUUUUUUUUAAAGAUAACCAAAGCAAGAACCUUCAAAGGUAGUGGUUCAACUCACACUUCUUUUAACACAACCUUGUCAAGUCAGCAUGUAGUCCAUAUUUAUGGUAACUCUAGCCACAAUACCUAAUUACUCCGGACUUACUUGAAAUUGCUCUUUGACAGACUCCUCGGAAAGUUUGAUUUUACCUUUUCUAAAGGCAAAUUAAAUUAAGAGUAUCUAAACUUUUAAACCUAAAUUUAGCUAUAUUUAGGAGCUAAAUUUAGCACUAGUCUAAACCCAGAAUAUUCUUGUUUAAAUAUGUUUGUCAGACCAUUGAUGUUAAGACCUAAGCUGUUUUUAUAAAUGAUAACUUCAUCAAUGUUAUCUGUUGUUAAAUCACAAAAAGUAAUUUUAUAAGGAUUCACAAAUCAGUAACUAAAUCUUAUGGGGUAAGUUUUUAACAGUGUGUGAUACUUAGUGGAGUUUUUAUUUUUGAGGGUUCUUCAUGUGCUGUAAGAUCACUUUCAUUCUUGAAAAUAUUUUAAUUAAAAAUGAGCGUCAAAAAGUGAAACUACUAAACUUCUGCUUUUCAGAUUCUGACUCCUGUACAAAAUUCAAUGCAAAUAUUUAAAAAUACCAUACUGGAGACAUUAUGGACACUAAGUUCUAGCUAAGAGCAAAUUCUUGUAUCAUCUUUCAUGAUGCUCUUGCUGAACAGGGUCAGUCAUGGCAAGGUUGACAGUUCUUCAAUGAUACUGUUGCAAGUGGCACUGCUAUAAUGUGUAGGUCAUGGACAUUUGUAAUAUUGAAACAAGACUGCAAAAUGUGCACUUUCUGAACAUUGUGAACACAUCUGGAAAAUAGACAUGUAAGUGAAUAUAAAUAAUUUUAUUUUUAACUUAGUUUUCUUUUUUUUGAAUAUUUGUAAUUUUCUUUUUAAGGAACACUGUUGCCCUGUCAUCAGUAGUCACCACAGUGGAAGUAGCAUGCUAAACUAAAGCCAUUGGUUAAGCAUAUAAAGCUGCUGCUAGCACUAGAAGCUGACUUAAAUGGGUUUUUUUGCACUGGGCCAGCAGGCCUGGAGCAGUGCUGGGAAGUUAGGCUUGUACAUUACAUAAAUGAUUUGAGAGGAGACAGCAAAAGAGUGUGCCUUUUAUUUAUGUGCACCCCAUAAAUAGCCAGCAAAAAAGCAUCAGAGUAUUUAGUCAUGGUGUUGACUUUUAACUUUGUGCCAUAUUGUAGCAGCUGAACACAGAGGAGAAUUUUUUUCACCCCAGAAAGUCAAUGUGCCAUAACUUCAAAUAGGAACAAUGCUGUAACAAAUUAUAUAGCCUGUGUAAAAAAUUCAUUUAAGGUUAGGGGAACCUGUGCCUCAAGAUAAUGUCUAUGGAAAAGUUUGGAUUAGACUUUUUUCCUUUCUUUUUUCUUAAGAGUAUCAGCAUGUCUGAAGGAAAUAAAAUUUCACAUGAACAGUUACUUUUGGCAUUCAUUUUUAAGGUGUAUGGAAUAAUGCAGAGGCGGUGUUGUUUGCUUUCUUACAUGCCUUGGGAAAACAUGAUGUUCCAUUACCUGUUAGCUGUAGGUUAUGUGGCAAUUUAUCAUACCAAAAGAAACCAAAACUUUAUUAAAAUACUUCUAAUUGCAUUUGAAGAUGUGGCCUUUUCAUUAACUAAUUAGAUAUUUUAAGUGUUAACAUGACUUGUGUUAACAGCCAAGUAUUGUUCUCUUACCUUGGGAGUUAAUUGGAGACCUUGCACUUGGCUCUAAUUGAAGGAAAAACCAAAAAGUGGUACGUCUCCAUGCUGUUCCUCCUGUGAACUUUUACUGAAUUGUGUAUAAUAAUUCACAUUGUAAAAUAAAGCUAUUGUGCUGGCUAAAUCGUGUUUUGAGACUUGUUGAACCAGAAAUCUUAACAUUUAGAUAAAUCAAGGAAGCUCUAUGGGAUUUGAGGGGCUUUUAUGAAAAAUGCUUUUUUUUAUAGUCCAGUCUGCAGUUCAGAAUUCUUUUAAAACCCAAAGGAUCUUGCAAUUCCUGAUGAUGAUGAUGAACGGG